CAAUUGUAUGCCAACAGUCAUGAAGGCUACACUAUUGAUCCCAGCAGUAGUGCUUGCUGCUUUUCUCUCUCUAACAGAAGCUACCUGUGAUUUGAAAGACAUUCGUCUGUAUGACAAUGGAGAGGAGAGUCAGACUAAAGGGAUGCUUCAAAUCUGUGAUGGUACACAAUGGACUGCUGUCUGUGACUAUCAAUGGAGGCAAGUGUUCAGCAUUGCUCUCUGUCAGGAUCUGGGCCACGCCAAUCCAACACCACUGACAGUAUCAAACAAUGGCUCAUGGCCUUCAAUACGCUAUGUUAGUCGAUAUACCUCUCUAUACUCCACUCCAUCAUGUCACUACAACAAUGAGUCUAUAGCUGCAUGCUUGACAAGUUCAUCCUACUAUGUCACAAGCACCUAUGCAAGAUACUAUUACUGUAACACUAAUAGAGACACACUGUUCAUCCAAUGCGAUUUUGACAUGGGUACAUGUACAAGAGGAUCCAUCCGCCUGUAUAAUAAUGGGUCAACCAGCUCUACCACCAACGGUACAAGUGGAAUGCUCCAAAUGUGCGAUACUAGUGGACGCUGGACAGCUGUUUGUGGCUAUAGUUGGGGGUGCAGAGAAUCUAGAGUAGCUUGCAGGCAAUUGGGCUAUACAGCAAAUAAUGCCCAAUACAUAAUUAAUGCUGGACCAUGGCCUAUUUUUGGAUUUGGACCAUAUUCCUCUUGUAGCAGUAGUGCUACUAGUUUGAGUUCUUGCUAUAGUUAUUCAAGCUACUAUAGACAAACCACAAGAUACUGCAAUCCGCUAGCAACCACUAUUCGUCUUACUUGUCAAACAGGAUCUCAAACAAAUGAAAGCUGUUCUGAAAACUACAAGAUUAGAAUAGUCAAUAAGAAAGAAACUGAAACCAGUAUAGAGGGAAGAGUUGAAGUCUGCUAUAGAAAUGCUUGGACCCCAUUCUGUAGGAGUCUCUACAGUGGAUACUAUUAUUAUUAUCUGAAUUCAGCACAAAUUGGUGCAGCUAUGUGUAAUAGCCUUGAUGACUCUCGAGUUGCAACCGACUUAUCAGUGCUGUAUAGAGAUAAUCGAUUUGGUGUGUCUACUUCCGGAAUGGAAUCAAUAACAAGGAUAAGCUGCCCGGGAUCAACAACCUCUGGUCUAAAAUACUGUUCUUUCACUCAAGGGAGUUAUUCUUAUUACAGCUGCUCAAACUGUCCCGGCUCCCUUGGUCUUAAAUGCUUUUACAGGACAGACUGCAAUGAGGGAGAAGUACGACUAGUCAAUGGUACAAUAGACAGGGAAGGUCGAUUAGAAAUAUGCACUAAUGGAGUAUGGGGUGGCUUCUGUGCUAACAGCUUCAGGAAAUCUGCCGCUCAUGUAGCCUGUAAACAAGCUGGAUAUGGAGAUGUAAUGGGUGCCAUCAUUUACACAAACGGUGAGUUUGGAGUAGGGGAUGGCCCAGUGCUCUAUGGGAAUGUUGAGUGUUUUGGUCAUGAAAACUACAUUGCCGACUGCUCAAAGAAUAUAGCACCAAAUUUCACUUGUUACUCUUAUGCUCCAGUUGGUCUUCUGUGCCGUGACAAUUGCAGUGAAGGGUCUGUACGACUAACAGGUGGAAGGCACUCUUAUGAAGGAUACGCAGAAGUUUGUGUUGAUGGAAUCUGGACUCUUAUUUCUGAUAAUGGUUGGGAUGACAUUGAUGCUAGAGUAGUCUGCAAGCAGCUCAAAGCCUAUGGCACAUCUGCUGGGGAGAAAGUUGACAAUCCGCCUUAUACAAGAUCUAACAAAGCCACAAGGUUCUCUAAUGUGAAUUGUAAUGGGAAAGAAGACAUGAUAGAGGACUGCAGGCACCACACAAUUGAAUUAGAGGAGGGGAAGACCUUUGAUGGACCUGUGGCUGCUGUUGAUUGCAAAGUUACUGUCUCAAUUACUGUACCAUCACCAUCACAAACAUCACAAACAAGUAAUACUGGACGAUCUCUGAAAAGAGAGGACACAAUCCUGGGAAGCGGAGUAGGAUUGCUCAUACUAGCUAUAUCCAUCCUUGUUAUUGGUAUAACUAUCAUGGCUUGCAUCAUAAUGAGAAUGAGGAAGCUCUCUAUUGCUAAAGGAGGUCGCAAUACUGACAGGGAGCAAACCACCAUGCAGCAUAGUCGCCUGGAAGAGGAGGAUGCUUAUGAUGCCAUAAGAGAUCCUAAUCCAGUCUCUGUCACUACAAAACCCCAUUAUGAUGAUGAGAUGCUAAGCUAACUUUGUGUGCUCUUUUAAGUAAUUAAACUUAGGCCCCUUUUCCCAAUGCUGCUUUGAUUUGCUACUUUUCAUUUUUUAAACAUUAUUUUAAAAUUAUUGUCUCAAAA